GGGAGAUUUGGACGCCCCUGCCUGGGAGGUGUGCCAGAUCUGAGCUCUCCACCCGGUUUCUUCUCCGCUGUCCCCCCAGUUGGAGAUCUGGGACCAACCAGGCACCAUGGCGCAGAAGGGCCAGCUCAGCGAUGAUGAGAAGUUCCUCUUUGUGGACAAAAACUUCGUCAACAGCCCAGUGGCCCAGGCCGACUGGGCCGCCAAGAAGCUGGUCUGGGUCCCUUCGGAGAAGCAGGGCUUCGAGGCAGCCAGCAUCAAGGAGGAGAAAGGGGACGAGGUGAUCGUGGAGCUGGUGGAGAAUGGCAAGAAGGUGACGGUCGGCAAAGAUGACAUCCAGAAGAUGAACCCGCCCAAAUUCUCCAAGGUGGAGGACAUGGCAGAGCUGACGUGCCUCAAUGAGGCCUCUGUGCUGCACAACCUGAGGGAGAGGUACUUCUCCGGGCUCAUCUACACGUACUCCGGCCUCUUCUGCGUGGUGGUCAACCCCUACAAGCAGCUGCCCAUCUACUCGGAGAAGAUCGUGGACAUGUACAAGGGCAAGAAGAGGCACGAGAUGCCACCCCACAUCUACGCCAUCGCUGACACGGCCUACCGGAGCAUGCUGCAAGAUCGAGAGGACCAGUCCAUUCUGUGCACAGGCGAGUCUGGAGCCGGGAAGACGGAAAACACCAAGAAGGUCAUCCAGUACCUGGCCGUGGUGGCCUCCUCCCACAAGGGCAAGAAGGACACAAGCAUCACGGGUGAGCUGGAGAAGCAGCUUCUACAAGCAAACCCGAUUCUGGAGGCUUUUGGCAACGCGAAGACGGUCAAGAACGACAACUCUUCACGGUUUGGCAAAUUCAUCCGCAUCAACUUCGAUGUCACUGGUUACAUCGUGGGAGCCAACAUCGAGACGUAUCUGCUGGAGAAGUCUCGGGCCAUUCGUCAAGCCAGAGACGAGAGGACGUUCCACAUCUUUUACUACCUGAUUGCUGGAGCGAAGGACAAGAUGAAAAAUGACUUGCUUUUGGAGGGCUUCAACAACUACACAUUUCUCUCCAAUGGCUUUGUGCCCAUCCCGGCUGCCCAGGAUGACGAGAUGUUCCAGGAAACCCUGGAAGCCAUGGCGAUCAUGGGCUUCAGUGAUGAGGAGCAGCUGUCCAUACUGAAGGUGGUGUCGUCCGUCCUGCAGCUUGGAAAUAUUGUCUUCAAGAAGGAAAGAAACACAGACCAAGCAUCAAUGCCGGAUAACACAGCUGCUCAGAAAGUUUGCCACCUCAUGGGAAUUAAUGUGACAGAUUUCACCAGAUCUAUCCUGACCCCACGUAUCAAGGUUGGACGGGAUGUAGUACAGAAAGCUCAAACAAAAGAACAGGCAGACUUUGCCGUAGAGGCUCUAGCCAAGGCCACCUACGAACGCCUUUUCCGCUGGAUACUCAGCCGCGUGAACAAAGCCCUAGACAAGACCCACCGGCAAGGGGCUUCGUUCCUGGGGAUCCUGGACAUUGCUGGAUUUGAGAUCUUUGAGGUGAACUCCUUCGAGCAGCUGUGCAUCAACUACACCAACGAGAAGCUGCAGCAGCUCUUCAACCACACGAUGUUCAUCCUGGAGCAGGAGGAGUACCAGCGCGAGGGCAUCGAGUGGAACUUCAUCGACUUCGGCCUCGACCUGCAGCCCUGCAUCGAGCUCAUCGAGCGGCCGAACAACCCUCCGGGUGUGCUGGCCCUGCUGGACGAGGAGUGCUGGUUCCCCAAAGCCACAGACAAGUCCUUCGUGGAGAAGCUGUGCACGGAGCAGGGCAACCACCCCAAGUUUCAGAAGCCCAAGCAGCUCAAGGACAAAACAGAGUUCUCCAUCAUCCACUAUGCCGGGAAGGUGGACUACAAUGCCAGUGCCUGGCUGACCAAGAACAUGGACCCGCUGAAUGACAACGUGACUUCCCUCCUCAAUGCCUCCUCGGACAAGUUUGUGGCCGACCUGUGGAAGGACGUGGACCGCAUUGUGGGCCUGGACCAGAUGGCCAAGAUGACCGAGAGCUCGCUGCCCAGCGCCUCCAAGACCAAGAAGGGCAUGUUCCGCACGGUGGGGCAGCUGUACAAAGAGCAGCUGGGGAAGCUGAUGACCACGUUGCGCAACACCACACCCAACUUUGUGCGCUGCAUCAUCCCCAACCACGAGAAGAGGUCGGGCAAGCUGGACGCCUUUCUGGUGUUGGAGCAGCUGCGGUGCAACGGGGUGUUGGAAGGCAUCCGCAUCUGCCGUCAGGGCUUCCCCAACAGGAUCGUCUUCCAGGAGUUUCGCCAGCGCUACGAGAUCCUGGCUGCCAACGCCAUUCCCAAAGGCUUCAUGGACGGGAAGCAGGCCUGCAUUCUCAUGAUCAAAGCCCUGGAACUCGACCCCAACUUGUACAGAAUCGGGCAGAGCAAAAUCUUCUUCCGAACGGGGGUCCUGGCCCAUCUGGAAGAGGAACGAGACUUGAAGAUCACCGACGUCAUCAUGGCUUUCCAGGCCAUGUGUCGCGGCUACCUGGCCAGAAAGGCCUUCGCCAAGCGGCAGCAACAGCUGACAGCCAUGAAGGUGAUUCAGAGGAACUGCGCGGCCUACCUCAAGCUGAGGAAUUGGCAGUGGUGGAGGCUCUUCACCAAAGUGAAGCCGCUGCUGCAGGUGACGCGGCAGGAGGAGGAGAUGCAGGCCAAGGAGGACGAGCUGCAGAAGACCAAGGAGCUGCAGAAGAAGGCGGAGAGCGAGCUCAAGGAGCUGGAGCAGAGGCACACGCAGCUGGCCGAGGAGAAGAGCCUGCUCCAGGAGCAGCUGCAGGCCGAGACGGAGCUGUACGCCGAGGCCGAGGAGAUGCGGGUGCGCCUGGCGGCUAAGAAGCAGGAGCUGGAGGAGAUCCUGCACGAGAUGGAGGCCCGCCUGGAGGAGGAGGAAGACCGGGGCCAACAGCUGCAGGCCGAGAAGAAGAAGAUGGCCCAGCAGAUGCUGGACCUGGAGGAGCAGCUGGAGGAGGAGGAAGCUGCGAGGCAGAAGUUACAGCUCGAGAAGGUCACGGCCGAGGCCAAGAUCAAGAAACUGGAGGACGAUAUUCUGGUCAUGGAUGAUCAGAACAACAAGCUGUCCAAAGAGCGAAAACUCCUCGAAGAGAGGAUUAGUGACUUAACCACAAAUCUUGCAGAAGAGGAGGAAAAGGCCAAGAACCUUACCAAGCUAAAAAACAAGCACGAAUCUAUGAUUUCAGAACUGGAAGUGCGGCUGAAGAAGGAGGAGAAGAGCCGGCAGGAGCUGGAGAAGCUGAAGAGGAAGCUCGAGGGUGAGGCCAGUGACUUCCACGAGCAGAUAGCGGACCUGCAGGCACAGAUCGCGGAGCUCAAGAUGCAGCUGGCCAAGAAGGAGGAGGAGCUGCAGGCCGCCCUGAGCAGGCUGGACGAUGAAAUCGCUCAGAAGAACAACGCUCUCAAGAAGAUCCGGGAGCUGGAGAGUCACAUCUCGGACCUGCAGGAGGACUUGGACUCAGAACGGGCCGCGAGAAACAAGGCCGAGAAGCAGAAGCGGGACCUGGGGGAGGAGCUGGAGGCGCUCAAGACGGAGCUGGAGGACACGCUGGACAGCACGGCCACCCAGCAGGAGCUCAGGGCCAAGAGGGAACAAGAGGUGACGGUGCUGAAGAAGGCCCUGGAUGAGGAGACCCGGUCCCACGAGGCGCAGGUCCAGGAGAUGAGACAGAAGCACACGCAGGCGGUGGAGGAACUCACCGAGCAGUUGGAGCAGUUCAAGAGGGCCAAGGCCAACCUAGACAAGAACAAGCAGACGCUGGAGAAGGAGAACGCAGACCUGGCCGGGGAGCUGCGGGUCCUGAACCAGGCGAAGCAGGAGGUGGAGCACAAGAAGAAGAAGCUGGAGGUGCAGCUCCAGGAACUGCAGUCCAAGUGCAGCGAUGGGGAGCGGGCCCGGGCUGAGCUCAAUGACAAGGUCCACAAGCUGCAGAAUGAAGUGGAGAGUGUCACAGGGAUGCUCAACGAGGCUGAGGGGAAGGCCAUAAAACUGGCCAAGGAUGUGGCAUCCCUUGGGUCCCAGCUCCAGGACACCCAGGAGCUGCUUCAAGAAGAAACCCGGCAGAAACUCAAUGUGUCCACCAAGUUGCGCCAGCUGGAGGACGAGAGGAACAGCCUGCAGGACCAGCUGGACGAGGAGAUAGACGCCAAGCAGAACCUGGAGCGCCACAUCUCAACUCUAAACAUCCAGCUCUCCGAUUCGAAGAAGAAGCUACAGGACUUUGCCAGCACCGUGGAGGCCUUGGAAGAGGGCAAGAAGCGGUUCCAGAAGGAAAUCGAAGGCCUCACCCAGCAGUACGAAGAGAAGGCAGCUGCUUAUGACAAACUGGAAAAGACCAAGAACAGGCUUCAGCAGGAGCUGGACGACCUGGUCGUCGAUUUGGACAACCAGCGGCAACUGGUGUCCAACCUGGAAAAGAAGCAGAAGAAGUUUGAUCAGUUGUUAGCCGAGGAGAAGAGCAUCUCUUCCAAAUACGCGGAUGAAAGGGACAGAGCCGAGGCAGAAGCCAGGGAAAAGGAAACCAAGGCCUUGUCGCUGGCGCGAGCCCUCGAAGAGGCCCUGGAAGCCAAAGAGGACCUCGAGAGAGCCAACAAAAUGCUCAAGGCCGAGAUGGAGGGCCUGGUCAGCUCCAAGGAUGACGUGGGCAAGAACGUCCACGAGCUGGAGAAGUCCAAGCGGGCCCUGGAGACCCAGAUGGAGGAGAUGAAGACCCAGCUGGAGGAGCUGGAGGACGAGCUGCAGGCCACGGAGGACGCCAAGCUGCGGCUCGAGGUCAACAUGCAGGCCCUCAAGGGCCAGUUUGAGCGGGACCUCCAGGCUCGGGAUGAACAGAACGAAGAGAAGAGGCGGCAGCUCCAGAGGCAGCUGCACGAGUAUGAGACAGAACUGGAAGACGAGAGAAAGCAGCGUGCCCUGGCAACGGCGGCCAAGAAGAAGCUGGAAGGGGACCUGAAGGACCUGGAGCUGCAGGCCGACUCGGCCAUCAAGGGCCGGGAAGAAGCCAUCAAGCAGCUGCGGAAACUGCAGGCCCAGAUGAAGGACUUCCAGAGAGAGCUGGAAGAUGCCCGUGCCUCCAGAGAUGAGAUCUUUGCCACCGCCAAAGAGAAUGAGAAGAAAGCCAAGAGCUUAGAAGCCGACCUCAUGCAGCUACAGGAGGAUCUGGCCGCGGCUGAGAGGGCUCGCAAACAGGCUGACUUGGAGAAGGAGGAACUGGCAGAGGAGCUGACCAGCAGCGUCUCAGGAAGGAACACACUUCAGGACGAGAAGCGCCGCCUGGAGGCCCGGAUCGCGCAGCUGGAAGAAGAGCUGGAGGAGGAGCAAGGCAACAUGGAGGCCAUGAGUGACCGCGUGCGGAAGGCCACGCAGCAGGCCGAGCAGCUCAACAACGAACUGGCCACUGAGCGCAGCGCGGCCCAGAAGAACGAGAGCGCAAGGCAGCAGCUCGAGCGGCAGAACAAGGAGCUCCGAAGCAAGCUGCAAGAGAUGGAGGGGGCCGUCAGGUCCAAGUUCAAGUCCACCAUUGCGGCACUGGAGGCCAAGAUCGCGCAGCUGGAGGAGCAGGUGGAGCAGGAGGCCAGAGAGAAGCAGGCGGCCACCAAGUCGCUGAAGCAGAAGGACAAGAAGCUGAAGGAGGUCCUGCUGCAGGUGGAGGACGAGCGCAAGAUGGCCGAGCAGUACAAGGAGCAGGCAGAGAAAGGAAACGCCAAGGUCAAGCAACUCAAGAGGCAGCUGGAGGAGGCGGAGGAGGAGUCCCAGCGCAUCAAUGCCAACCGCAGGAAGCUGCAGCGGGAGCUGGAUGAAGCCACGGAGAGCAACGAGGCCAUGGGCCGCGAGGUGAACGCGCUCAAGAGCAAGCUCAGAGGCCCCCUUCCCCAGGAAACUCCGCAAUGACUCACCAGGCGAGGAAACGAGCCCUCCUUUGUUCCCUCUAGAAGGUCUGGAGGACGUCGAGUUAUUGAAAACGCCGAUGGAUCUGAUGAGGAAAUGGACGCUCGCGAUGCGGACUUCAAUGGAACCAAAGCCAGUGAAUAAACAACUAGUGAAAAGCAGAACAAAACCAAACCCAGUGGACUCUGCUUAGCACUAAAUCCAUUUUCAAAUCCCAAAUGUCACAGACACCCCUCACAACGAAUAUAAAAGCCACCACCCUGCGUCCAGGGUAUCGAUGGAGUUUUGAAUGCUGUGCCAAACGAGAAAAACCCAAGAAGCGACACAGACACCCCCGCUCCCCCCAUCAGUGAAUUGUGCAGAAAUCUUGAGUUUUUAGGAAAAUAGAACCACAGUAACUGAUCACUGGCAACUUAGUUUACGUGAAACAGGGAGAAAGUCACCAAAAUGGGUGCCACUGCCUCCCGCUCCCAAGCCAUUCCCUGGCCUGUCUACCCUUCCAACGUCUCGAGUGGGCCCCUGUUUGAGUUCUUUCCCCUCUUGGUUACCGCACGUCAGAUGCACACAGUUCACCAAGUGCCUUCGGUCGUCACAUGAAUUCAAAAGGAGACGCUGCUCCAGCGGGAUGAGAGCAAGAAUGUUACACUGUUUCAUAUGCACCCCGAUUGUACUUAAGGACACCUUCACUAAUAAAAGGUUAUAAAUCACC